AUGUUGGUGGAUCUCAACCUCAGCGUCGUUUCCCCUUACCCCGGCGAGAUGGACGGCGGGUGUGGCGGGAAUAACAGAAAGCGGGGUCUGGACUUCUCGUCGUCUAACAACAACAAUCAAGUGGAGAGCUCCGGGAGCUUCGAUUCCUCCUCCGUCGUCAAUGUCGACCGGAAUGCCGGCAAUGCUGCUGCUCCCGGCGACGAGGACUCCUGCUCCAACACGGGCGACGAUGUGUUCGGAUACAGCUUCCGUAUCUUGACGGAGCAACAGCGGGACUUGAAGAAGAUGAUGGCACUUGAGGAUGAGCAGAGUAAUGAUAAUAAUAAUCAUGAUGGGACUAUUCAGCUCUUCCCCGUAGGCGGCGGCGGCGGUGGUGGGGGAAGGGGAGGUGGAAUCGACGCGCUGGCUCACUGUUUGCGCUCGAGGAAGCAGUGGCUGGAUCUCGGUGGGAGGGAGGUUGAGUAUGGCGGUCUGGCGGAGAAGAUUGUCGCUCAGGUUCAGCAGCAGCAGCAGCAACAGCAGAAGCCUCCGGCGAAGAAGAACCGCCGCGGUCCUCGCUCCAAGAGCUCCCAGUAUCGCGGCGUCACGUUUUACCGGCGGACCGGCCGCUGGGAAUCCCACAUUUGGGAUAGCGGGAAGCAAGUUUACCUUGGGGGAUUCGACACUGCUCAUUCUGCCGCUAGGGCGUAUGAUCGAGCUGCGAUCAAAUUCCGUGGAGUCGAUGCUGAUAUCAACUUCAAUGUCAGCGAUUACGAUGAGGAUAUUAAGCAGAUGAGCAAUUUUACCAAGGAGGAAUUCGUUCAUAUCCUUCGUCGCCAGAGCACUGGAUUCUCAAGGGGAAGCUCCAAGUACAGAGGAGUGACACUCCAUAAAUGUGGGAGAUGGGAAGCUCGAAUGGGCCAGUUUCUGGGAAAGAAGUACAUAUACCUUGGCCUUUUUGAUAGCGAGAUAGAAGCUGCGAGGUCCUUGGCCUAUGAUGAAGCUGCCAUCAAAUGCAAUGGGAGGGAGGCUGUCACCAAUUUUGAUCCCAGUUCAUAUGAUGGAGAUAUCACAUCUGAGGUGAUCAAGCCUGAAGAUCAAAGUCUUGAUCUGAACUUAGGCAUUGCACCUCCUGAUGCAACUGAAUCCAAAAGGCUAAACAGCAGUGUAGGUGGUGGCUUUUGCAUUCCAGGUGGCCUGGAUUCUAUGUGCUUGGACAAGAUCCCCAGGAUCUUCAACUCUACUUCAGCAGCAAUGAACAGUCAUCAACUGUCCCGUGGUCCUGCCAUGGGGGCUGGUCCAAACCCCGGUUCCUUUCCUAUCUCUAAGGAAAGAGCAAUGGAGAAGAGGGUGGGGAUGGACCCUAUGCUAAACUGGGCAUGGAAAAUGCACAGUCCAUACGGCAGGGAAAACAUCGCACUGCCAUUCUUCUCUACUGCAGCAUCAUCAGGAUUCGUCGCUUCUUCGACAGCUACUACGACUACUACUACUACUACUGCACCGAUUUCAGCUGCAGCAGCUCCACAACUUCACUUCCCAAAAUCGACCAUCCUCCACCACCAUUACUCUCCUGCGUCCGGCACCAUCUUCUGAGUUCUAUAGCUAGCAUGGAACGGGAGAACAUGAUCUCAGCUGGAAGUUUCAUCGACUCGUCUAACAUUUUAGCCAUAAGUAUCAGAACCUCCUUCUCCUUUGUCUCCUCAAUUUUUACUAGGGUAAAAAGCUGAGAGAGUGUAAUUUGAUUGGUACGCUCCAACUCCAAUUGCAACUAUGUUCUAUGUAGGAGAGAUGUAAUUUUCCCCCUCACCCUCCAAUUAUCCCCAGCUUUUUUUGCAAAGAUCCUCUAUCACAAUUGGAACAUUUUUUGACCUUCGCGGCUCUGUGUAAAUAUAUGAAUCAAUUGUCAUUUCCCACC